AUGACGUCUUUGCGGCAACGUAAGACCUCGACUCGAGAUGCUCGGUCCCCUAUCACGAGAACUAAAGGAAAGUCUAAAGAGUUUUUGCAGACUCAAAGUGAUGACGACAUUAACGACUGGCCUUCUAUCCUUUUGCUACUGCUGUUGUAUACACUACAAGGCAUCCCAAUGGGAUUGUCUAGCAGUAUUCCAUUCAUUCUUCAAGAAAAAGUUGGAUAUGGUGAUCAAGCGACCUUCAGUUUGGUAUCGUGGCCUUUUAGUCUUAAACUACUAUGGGCUCCAUUUGUGGACUCACUUUAUAGCGAACGAUUUGGCCGUCGAAAGUCGUGGCUUAUUCCUGUGCAAUUUAUUUGUGCAUUACUCAUGGUUGUGGGCAGUUGGUUUAUGAGCGACUUGCUGGGUGAAGGUGAGAACCAAAAGCCACAUGUUGUAUACCUCACCUGCUUCUUUUUCGUGCUAUACUUUAUGAUGGCCACACAGGAUAUUGCUGUGGAUGGAUGGGCCAUCACUAUGCUUUCGGAAAAGAAUGUGGGUCAUGCAUCCACGUGCAAUACAGUUGGCCAAACGAUUGGCUACUUUGUAGCAUAUGUGGGAUUUCUGGCGCUUAACGACCCAUCCACUUGCAACAGUUAUCUACGCAGUGAACCAAAGGAUGAAGGAAUGGUGACAUUGCCUGGAUUUAUGAGCUUCUGGGGCUGGGUCAUGUUCUUCACUACUCUAGGCGUGUGGCUCUUUAAGCACGAGAAGCCAGAAGGAGAUGGUAGCGAGCGACUGAGUAUUGGCCAAACGUAUUCACAAAUGUAUUCUGUGUUGCGUCUUCCGAGUGUGAUUUCACUGUCUAUAAUGCUUUUGACGAGUAAGAUUGGAUUUGCAGCUGCGGAAAGUGUCGCAUCUCUUAAACUUGUCGAAUACGGCAUGAAGAAAGAGAAGCUGGCGUUAUUGACGCCUAUUCUGAUCCCGCUUGGUAUUUUCAUUCCAGUCUUGAUUGGUCGAUGGAUCAAGCCAUCGCAACCACUCAAUCUCUUUAUCUGGGGCUACCCCUUGCGACUUGCUGUCGGACUUUUGUAUGCCGGCCUAGUUUACAUUACGCCGAUGGUCAUGGCACAAGACGAGAGUUCCCAUUAUCUUUUCUAUGGUAUUAUUCUGGUGAGUGGUUCAUUGCAUGAGGUCGCUGCCAAUAUGAUGUACGUCCCGCAAAUGGCAUUCUACGCUCGUAUCAGUGAUCCGUCCAUUGGUGGCACGUACAUGACUUUCCUCAAUACGGUCACGAACUUAGGUUCGAAGUGGCCCAAUUCACUCAGUCUCGCUGUCGUAGAUCAUGUCACUACGCGCGAGUGUCUUGGCGGCUUUUUUCAUGAUGAGGUGAUCGACAUCGGAUCUGUGACUUGUUCAGAUGCCGAAGCUCGUAAAGCCUGCACUGAUGCUGGCGGUGAAUGCAUUAUCGUUCGUGACGGUUUCUUUGUUGAGACUUUUAUUUGCUUGGUACUCGGUGUGGUCUGGCUGCUCUUCUUCUACCGUCGCAUUCAAUUCUUACAGAAUCUCAAGAUCGACAAGUGGCGUGUAAAUGCUACAGCUGAGUAG